AUGGCUACCGUCGAGUCAGAUAAACAGGACGAGGCAUGGCGAUUUCUCCAGGACCACGCCGGUGUCCCACACGCCGAGAUAGACGGUGUCGAUCUAAAGAAGCUACGAGCGAAAAUUGACUGGCACAUUCUACCGUUGAUGUUUUGCUGCUAUACGCUACAAUUCAUCGACAAAGUCAUGAUCAACUAUGCCGCCGUGAUGGGAAUCACCACUGACUUGAAAUUGGUUGGCAAUGAGUUCUCCAAUGUUGGCACUUCGUUCUUUAUCGCCUACUUGAUCGCUGAAGUUCCUAACACAUUCCUCCUACAAAAGCUUCCUGCUGGGAAAUGGCUAGGUACUAAUGUCAUAUUGUGGGGCAUCGUAGUCGCUGCCACCGCUGGAGUCAAUAACUACACCACGCUCGUCGUUGCGCGUGUAUUCCUCGGGCUAUUCGAAGCUACAAUCGGUCCAUCCUUGAUGAUUAUCAGUAGUCACUACUACACAAAAUCUGAGCAAGCUCCGCGCUUCUGUCUUUGGUAUUUGGGUCUUGGUGUUGGUCAGAUUCUCGGCGGAAUCAUAUCAUUUGCGUUUCAGCAUGUCAGUGCUCAUGCGUCACUAUCUGGAUGGCAACUUAUGUUCAUUGUUUUGGGCCUGGUUACAUCUAUAGUCGGCUCCUUUACUUUCUUCUUCGUUCCGGAUACUCCAAUGGCAGCCCGUUUCUUGACUGAGGUGGAGAAGGUCGCGCUCUUAAAACACAUCAGUACGAAUAAAACGGGCGUGCGGAACACGAAAUUUCAAUUCAAACAGAUUAUCGAGGCUCUUUGGGACCCCCAACUGUGGUUGUUGGCUUUGAUGGUUAUGCUGCAAUCCGUGUCUUCAGGCGUUGUGACCACCUACUCAUCAACCCUCAUCCGCAACUCGGGCUUCAGCCCCAAGGAAUCAGCACUUCUGAACAUGCCUAGUGGCAUCGUUAGUAUAUUCUUUACUUUGUUGGUCGGGUUCGGUAUCCGCCACUCUAGCAACAGAUGGGCUUGGGUGUUCAUGUGCAGCAUCCCCGGAAUUAUUGGCGGCGGCCUAAUGUCAUUUUUACCCAGUUGGAAUACGGCCGGGCUAUUAAUUGGUGUUUAUCUCGUAAAUGCCAUUGUCGCACCCCUGCCAGUGAUUUACCAGUGGACAGCCGCCAACUGUGCAGGCUACACAAAGCGCGCAUUCGCCAGCGCUCUCGUUGCCGGCUCAUUUUCCGUGGGAAAUAUCAUCGGACCGCAGACAUUUCAAGCUAAAGAUGCUCCAAAUUACCGUCCAGCCAAAAUUGCCGUUCUGGCGACUCAGGCAGCAGCUGGUAUGCUAUCUAUUGUCCUGUUCGGAUAUUAUUUAUGGGAGAACAAGCGGCGUGAUGCUCGUGAUAACACACGUGUUACAAAUGAGGAUGAAUCUUCUAUCAAUGCGGUUGAUUGGGCUGGAUCGACGGACAGGGAAAACACUAGUUUCCGCUAUGUUUAUUGA